GUUCCUCAUUUGAGCGGUGAAUGUUUCAGCUCUCAGUUUUCGCCACACUUAUGACAGAACUAAUGCAGAAAAGGACGCUUUAAAGUUGGAAGGUGAAAUUACUUGGAUGCGUUGAAAAAUCUGGGCGUGAAACACUGGACAGGAGAGAUGGGGUGCCAGAAAUCCAAAUUAAGGCAGGGCCAAAACACAGCCCUCGAUCAGAAGAGCGAGCGGACCGUCCGAGCUGAACAGACGUAUGUGAGGGACCCCACCUUCAGCAAGCCCCUGGCCAGAACCUCCUCAGAGGCCGCCGGCCUCCUCCCGGGCCAGAUCUUCCAGAAGAUGGAGGAGCAGAGCGAGACGGGGAAAAUCGUCAUCGCCCUGUACCCCUACGAAGCCGUGCACGGGGACGACUUGGGCUUCAAGAAAGGGGAGAAGCUCAGGGUUCUGGCAGAAUCGGGGGAAUGGUGGAGAGCUAAGUCACUGAGCACCAGGAAAGAGGGGUUCGUCCCUUCCAAUUACGUCGCUGAGGUCAACACCAUGGAGACCGAGGAGUGGUUUUUUAAGGACAUCACCAGGAAGGACGCGGAACGGCAGCUGCUGGCCCCCGCAAACCGGGCCGGGUCGUACCUGAUCCGCGAGAGCGAGACGUCCAAAGGUGGCACUGUCAUGAGAGUUCGACGCCAGGGCACCGAGACAGUCAAACAUUACAAGAUCCGCAUGCUGGACAACGGAGGAUUCUACAUCUCUCCCAAGCUCACCUUCCCCGACAUCAGCAGCAUGAUCAAGCAUUACCACAAGCAAGCGGACGGGCUCUGCCGCAAGCUGGUGAAGCCGUGUGAGAAGCCCAAGGCCCAGAAGCCGUGGGACAAAGACGCCUGGGAGAUCUCCAAGGAGUCCAUCAAGAUGGUGAAGAAGCUGGGAGCCGGCCAGUUUGGGGAGGUGUGGAUGGCGUUCUAUAACAACAACACUAAAGUUGCGGUAAAGACGCUGAAACCAGGCACCAUGUCCACUGAGGCCUUCCUGGAGGAGGCCAACCUGAUGAAGACUCUGCAGCACGACCGCCUGGUCCGGCUCUACGCUGUGGUCACCAAGAUCGAGCCCAUCUACAUCAUCACCGAGUACAUGGCCAACGGAAGUUUGUUAGAUUUCUUGAAAAGUGAUCCUGGGAGCAAAGUGCAGUUGCCAAAACUUAUAGAUUUUUCGGCACAGAUUGCAGAAGGGAUGGCCUACAUCGAAAAGAAGAACUACAUCCAUCGUGACUUGCGGACCGCCAACGUGCUGGUGUCGGAGAGUUUACUGUGCAAAAUCGCUGACUUUGGGCUGGCCAGGGUCAUCGAAGACGAUCAGUACACGGCCAGAGAGGGAGCCAAGUUCCCGAUCAAGUGGACCGCCCCAGAAGCCAUAAAUUACGGGUCGUUCACCAUCAAAUCGGACAUGUGGUCUUUCGGAGUCCUGCUGUACGAAAUCAUCACGUAUGGAAAAAUACCUUACCCAGGUAUGAGCAACGGAGAGGUCAUGACCUCUGUGCAGAGGGGUUACCGCAUGCCCCGCCCUGAACACUGCCCCACAGAGCUGUAUGACAUCAUGAUGAGCUGCUGGAAGGACAAACCAGACGACAGGCCCACUUUCGACUACAUACAGAGCGUCCUUGAUGACUUCUACACCGCCACCGAGGGGCAGUACCAGCAACAGCCAUAGGGGGCGACAUAUUACCAAGGCAACGGUUGAUUCCUUUCGGGUUGUCACAGCCUCUCACUGAGCAAGUGAUCUAGAGGCAGCAGUCUGACUCUUUGCUUAUUUUAAAGCAAAAACUUUUAAAAGACAUUAAGUUUUCCCACUUCAAAUUGAAGUAAAAAAAAAAAAACAGGCUUUUGGUGUAGUUUUAUCCUGGACUGUCUCUUUGAAUAAACCUGGCUACUGUAAUUGUGUUCAAUAAUAAUUAAGUUUGGUAUAUGCAUUUCAAUAUCUUGCCUUGGGCAUUUGCAGUCUUGUAUGUGAGCACUUUGUCAGAAUACUAAUCAGUCUGUGGGCAAUUAUAGCUAGCACCAGAGCAGUGAAAGUUUUUUUUAAAUAUGCAUUUUAUUUCACCUUUCUUCAUUGCACUGAAUCAAGAUGGAAGUGCCAAUUUGCUCCACUGUGUUCUUUUAUUGUGUACCAUUUUGGAUAACCUUCUUAAAGCCCUUGUUUUAUUACUGUGUGUAGACAUGCCAUGUUAAUUUUCUGUUAUGGAGAUUUGUUUUGUAUAUGAUCACUGAAUUAUAUGAACUGUUUGUGUGAUUUGUAACUAGGACUGAAUGAGCUUUGUACCAUACGCUUAAGUUAAUGCAGUGAGUGCUUUUCAAAUAAAAACAGCUUCCAGUUCUCA